ACCUUGGGCCGGGUAUACUGAUAGAACCGGCAACCCAAAACCCUUGCUCGCGCGAAAUCCAUAAACAGGGUUUUACGGAACAUUGGAUUUCUGAGGAAAGCAUCACACUCACCUCACCCACCGUUAGGUUGAACAAGAAUUUCCAGUCAGUCUUGUUUGUUGUAGACAACGAGCGAACUGAUUUCCGGUCAGUCAGGAGAAGUCCACUUUUGUGCAUUUGCAAAUUUCUUGAUGGGGCGUAAUCUGAGAAAUGAUUCUGAAUCUCCAGUGAGGGACCGUGGGUCUCCUCAUAGGAGGAAGAGUCAAUCUCGAACAGAGAGAUCACCUACUCGACAUAGAAAAUCCAACAGAGGAAGUUCUCCACCAAGAGAGAAACAUUCAAGUCGCCCCAAGUCUCCCAAGCAUGCAAGGUCACCCUCUCCUCCUCCUCGCUCUCCUUCUCCCCGGACAAAACGGCUAAGAAGAGCUGAAGCUGGACGAGUGCCUGGGAGAGAACAUGAAAGGAUCAAUGAUAGGGGGAUCAGUAGGGAUUUACAGGAACGUGGUUCAGAGAGAGAUGUUGGGAGUGAUAGAAAGGAGAGAUUGUCGGGAAGGAAUGAUACCGAUGACAAAUCUUCAAGACCAAGGCAUGGUACUUCUCCAUCAGAUCGACACCGCAGGAGUAGGCAUAGAUCUCACUCACCUCAACAUGCUGGUGAUACAAGAGAUGGGGAGAAAGUAAUUGAGGGCCGUGGAAGAAAUCGUAGCAGAGGGAGUGAGAAAAGCAUGCACAGGGAAAAAGGUUCAGAUGGGGAAAAUGAGACUGAAAGAAGGGAGAGAAGGACAGCAAAAGACAGCACUGGUCAUAAGUCUUCAAGAUCAAGACAUGGGCAGUCGACUUCUCCAUUGAAUGGACACCACAAGAACAGACACCGAACUCAUUCACCUCAACAAGCUGCAGAUACCAGAGCCCGUGAUGAGGUGCCAGAGUCAAGGGAAGCUGAGGAUGGGAUUGAUGAGAAUGAUUCAGUAGCUAUGAUGAGGGCUGCUGAGGAAGCUUUGGAAGCACAGAAAAAGCAAAAACCUUCAUUUGAGCUAUCUGGAAAGCUUGCUGCGGAAACCAAUAGAUUCAGGGGUAUAACACUAUUAUACACUGAGCCAGCAGAAGGACGGCCACCUCAUGUAAAAUGGCGCCUUUAUGUUUUCAAGGGUGGUGAAGUUCUUGAUGAUCCCAUUAAGAUACAUCGGCAAAGCUGUUACCUUUUCGGGAGGGAAAGAAGGGUGGCAGACAUCCCUACAGAUCACCCGUCCUGCAGCAAACAACAUGCUGUUAUACAGUUUCGGCAAGUAGAGAAGGAGGAACCUGAUGGUACAUUGUCAAAGGAAGUAAAGCCUUACAUAAUGGACCUUGGAAGCACAAAUAAGACCUUUGUUAAUGAAAGUGCAAUUGAACCUCAGCGAUAUUAUGAACUGAUGGAAAGAGACACGAUCAAAUUUGGUAAUAGUAGCCGAGAGUAUGUGCUACUGCACGAGAAUUCUAUGGAUUGAUGGCUUCAAUUGGGCUUGCGCUAAAGUGCCACCCUCCUUGACUUUUGGAAUAUGCCGGAUCACAGAUAUAUGGACACAUUUUCUGUUUGUUUCUCUUGGCUAAUCAGUUUAUGGAAAUGACUUGAUUUCCUGAAUGCCAUCAAUUCCGGAUAUUUUUCUUUGGAUGUGAAAAGAGAAUGGUGUUUUUUAUCUCAUCUGUUUAUCAUGAUCCGAAUGCUUAUCUAGAUGCAAGUGCAAGUCUACGCAGUUCAAGGUAAACCGAUGAGGACUGCAUUACAAACCAGUAAAUAUUAGAGUUGGUCGCAUCACUAGGUAUCACCAUUUUCUUUUAUAUCACUGGAGGACAUUGAUUAACACCAUCUGUUUGGUUUGUCGCUAGUAACUGAAAUUGCACUGUAAAUUCAGUUAACUAAUAUAUCGGUUCGAUUUGGUUUUGGUUAA